GUGGCUCCCCCCUCUGAGGAGUUCUGGGAACCUUCAUGACUGACUGUAGAGCCAGGGAUCCAGUGCGAGGUGCCAGAGAGACUGUUAACAGCUGUUGUCCAGUGCUGAGGGUUGAGUCCAGUUCUCCUGUUGCUGUCAUGGGCUUUAGGGCGGUUCUGCUGUCCUUCCUCCUGGUGUCUCUGAGCUGGUCUAAAGGAGCCGUCAUCACAGGGGCCUGUGAGCGAGACGUGCAGUGUGGUUUUGGUCUUUGCUGUGCCGUCAGUCUAUGGCUGAGAGGUCUGAGGAUGUGCGUCCCAAGAGGUUUGGAAGGGGAUGAAUGCCACCCCUUUAGCCACAAGGUGCCCUAUCCAGGCAAAAGGCAACAUCAUACCUGCCCCUGUCUCCCCCACUUGGUGUGCACCAGUUACGAUGAUAGCAAGUAUAGAUGUACAGACGACUUCAAAAACAUGGACUUUUAAAGGACGCCUAAACAUUCAGAUGAAGAAGUGCGUUACAGAAACAGCAUCUCAGAGUGAAGACUUGGGAUCAGAAAACACAUAUUUAAUCUUCACUGGCUGUAUUCUUUUCUUCAUUUGUGUACUCUAUGCACUAUAAUACAUAGUUUGGAUACUGUUAAUCAUCAAGGACAGAAAAAGAAAUGUCGAAGAGUGUAACCUGUUAACAAGAGCCACACAAGACAUCAGGCACUUUUUACUUAAUCAAAAGAUUUAAAAAAAGAAGCUAUUUGUGAAUAAUUGAAACAAUGGUGUUUUGUUUUCAUGCUCAUUUUGUGUUAAUUUAUCAAGAGAAAUGUAUAAAUAUUAUUGUCAAUAAAAGUAUAAUGAUAAUGUUGUUGGACACGUGCUCUGCGGAAUUUUCUUUUCCAUGUACAGUUUAUGUUGGUUGAUUAAACAUAAUGUGUGUUAUGGGAUGGAAGUGUCAAGUGGUUUUAAUCACAGUCUGAUUAUAAUGAAGGUCAUAAUCAGUCUCCUUUACCUUCAGGGGAAAACGUGUGACUGCUACUACUAGUGACUUCUGCAGAUGUGAAUUAAAGGGA